AUGUUCCGCAUAUCACCUAGUCUCUGGGAGAGAAUUCACCACUAUGCCUCCUUUCCCCAGACCGGCGUCUCGUUGCAGCAGAUGGUGCUCUUCGGGCAGAAUCCUGGCCAGGGGACAUUGUUCAGGGCCAGCCAGUUCUUGCUCGAGGAGCUGCCUAUUCGACUCGCGCAUCGCGUCAAGGAGCUCGACACCCUUCCUCACCAUCUCAGCGACAUGCCGUCGAUUGAGAAAGUCAAGAAUUGGUACGCGCAGUCGUUCGAGGAGCUUAUCUCGUUCCCUCUACCCAAGCUCCCCAAGGACAUCCGCGAGGCCCUCAUCGCCACCCCGGCAGACUCGUCGCUGCCCGAGUCCACGCCGAACCCCUCGCUGCCGUACUUUGGUGCAGAUGACUAUGGCAUCCCACUCCCACCUGCCCCAGACGCGAAGCUAUCCGAGAAUGGGCGGAUGAACGGGAACGGGGUGUGUGGCGGCCACAAGCUGCGGAUACCUAUGGAGCGCAGGUACUACGCGAAUACGUCCUCAAUUAAUUGGCCACCAGAGGUGCAGGAUUUUAAUCGCCGCUUUACCAAGACGCUUGAGUCGAUCAAGAAGCGACACGACCCGACCGUCACGACCGUCGCGCAGGGUGUGCUCGAAUGGAAACGCCGGCAGAACGCGCGCAACAUCAACCUCGAUGUGCAGCACUGGCUCGAUCGUUUUUAUCUCUCGCGUAUAGGCAUCCGGUUCCUCAUCGGCCAGCACAUUGCCCUCAAUACUCUGCAGCCUCAUCCGGACUACGUUGGAAUCAUCUGCACAAGCGCGAAUGUGCAUGAAAUCGUGCAGGAGGCCAUCGAAAACGCCCGGUUCGUGUGUGAAGAGCACUACGCGAUGUUCAAGGGCCCGCCCGUGCAGCUCAUCUGUCCAAAGAACCUGCACUUUGCGUACGUCCCGGGGCACCUUUCGCACAUCUGCUUCGAGUUGCUCAAGAACUCGCUGCGUGCGGUCGUUGAGCGAUAUGGUGCGGACGCGGAGGACCGCUUCCCGCCGAUCAAGGUGAUCGUCGUCGAGGGCAAGGAAGACAUCACAGUCAAGAUCUCCGACGAGGGCGGGGGCAUCCCACGCAGCGCGAUACCGCUCAUUUGGACAUACAUGUAUACGACGAUGGAGGGUCAGAACAUCGACCAAGACUUCCAGGCGAGCGACUUCAAGGCACCGAUGGCUGGCUUCGGGUACGGGCUCCCGCUGUCGAGGCUGUACGCGCGGUACUUUGGCGGAGACCUGCGCCUCAUCUCGAUGGACGGCUUCGGGACGGACGUGUACAUCCACCUCAAUCGGCUCUCGAGCAACCGCGAGCCGCUGCCAUGACAUGAUAACGACACUGACGGGCUGGCUGCUCCAUCAUCCUAAUAGUACUCCGUUGUAUUUACUACGCUACCACAAGUCAUGUAACAUCAUCAAGUCUGCAAUCGCAUUGUCACACAAGUACGU